GCUGUCAUAUUUUUCCUCUGAUGGAGACUAUACAACUACGAUAUUUACCUUUGAGUAUGUUCGCUGUACUCUCCUUACUUAUAAGUAUCUUUACUGGAUGCAUUAUAAAUCAUUCAUGGGAUAUUUUACUACAUCGAAAAGCUGAUUAUCCUAUGAGUCCUUUAAUACAUGAAGAAUUAGAAAGAGCGUUGAAUACAGAUUUCAUGUAUGUGAUUGAAUUAAAUCGAAGCAAUUAUGAUCAUCAUCGUCAGUUAUUGAUACGUGUCACACCAGUGAAUGGUGAUCCAGAUUUAUUUAUCCUACAAUCUGAUCAUGUUCAACAAUGGAUUAUAAAGAAUAAUUUAACAAUAAAUCAACAAGGUCUUAUUCAUACUACUCAAAUGGAUGCUUUGAGUAGCCUGAUCAAUAUGCCUAUAAUUAAACAGUCAACAAGUAUUGGCAUUGAAGAAGUGUAUGUGCCAGAUGAAUUCACUUUCAGUGUACAAAAAUUCAAUGAAAUGAAUGAUACUACUACUACUACUAAUAUUGCUACAAAAAAUCAUCAUACUACUGAAAUACCUUUACUAAUGUUAGUAGUAGCUUGUGUCAAUUUGAAUAGUUUAGAACAAUGUAUAUUUGAUAUACAAAUAUAUAACGUAAAAUCUGCAUUGAUUUCUUAUCAUGCAAGUCAAAUGGCUGCGAAUAUCAAUACACUCUCCUAUGAAGAAUUAACAAUGAAGUUGAAUCAUUUCAAUCAUGAUUAUGAUCACGAUCAAUUUGAUUAUGAACAGUUGUCAUCAUCUACACGUCAUCAUCAUGGUGAUGAUGCAGAAACAACUGAUGGUGACAUUAAACGUGAAUUGCCAAAAUUGAUGCUAAAAAAUUUUGUUUAUUUGGGAUUAGAAUUAAUAGCACCAAUAUUUGAUAUAUUAGUUGAAGCUUUAUUAAAUUUUGUAUAGAAUUA